AUGGAUUCCUACAACGACAUCCUGAGCAUCGUAGUGGACUUGGGCUUCGAAAACACCAAAAUCGGCUACGCCGGGGACGAGAAUCCAACGAACAUAUUUAGCACAAAUGUGGGGGUGCCACUUGAUCUGGAGGCCAAAAUAAAAAACGAAAUUUAUAAGAAAUGCCUUUGCACUAAGGAAGAAUUCUAUCAGUUCAACCUUAUUUACCCACUGUGCUAUCUGCACGCUUUGGAAAAUGUCAAGGUGAAACCGUGUCUCUACCUGGAUAGCAAGAACCACUUUGAUGUGAACGAAGAUGUGUUCGAAAAAAUCCUCUUCAUGAAUGUCAACGGGGGUCGGUGCGUGAAUAAGUUGUUGCAGAGGAGGGUCAAGGCAUUCAUAGGUAAUAAGCUGCACAAACAGAGUGAUAUAUCUAGUGAGUUCGUUGAUGAGGGAAACGUAGUAGAUGGUGUGAUGGGUGAAGAAACCCACGAGGGGAAUGCGAUAGACUCAGAAUCGGGGGGGGGUCUCCCAAAUGGGGGCGAAGAAGAUGAACAGAAAUCUCACCAAUUGGUACAAUCGCAAAAACAGGGUGGAGAAGAUACAGAAGAGGGGAUCACCGAAGAGGAAGAAGUCAAGUCUAAGGAAAUGGAAACACUCAAAAAAUGGGCGGAAGAAAACAAUUACUUUGACAUAGACCUAAUUGAAAACAAAUUGAUUGAUGUAAAUGGCAUAAGGAACAUGAUAAAUAAUAACAACAGUGUCGCCUGUGGAUUAAAUGAGAAGAUAGAAAAUUUUCCAUAUCUAUUUUCACUCCCCAACAAAAGAAACCAACAAAUAAAGGCAAAAAUAUCGGAGCUGUUAUUUGAAAAGUACAAAGUGCCCGCCUUGUAUUUUAACUCCAAGUCUGUAUUAACCGGAUUUGCCUACAACAAAAAUAUUUGUUCCGUAGUGGACGUAGGGUCUUCGUAUACAGAUUUCUCCCUGUGCAAUGAAGGAAAUAUAGACGAUAAAAAUUACAAAAUAUACAACAUUGGAGGUUCUACUGUAGACUACUUCCUAGAAGAUUUGCUAGAAAAACACAACAAAGAAUACUGCAUUCCGUAUUACGAGGUUUAUAAAAAAAAUGGCAAGGUCCAAAAUUAUAAUAAGGAUAAAGUACACCUGGAUUAUUACAACAAAGCUAAGUAUAUUCCGCUGAAAGAUUUAAAGAGUUAUUUAUGUGAAGUAGCUCAUAAGGAGAAUGAAAUAAAUGAUGCAAAAAAUAUGAAUUUUAAUGAAAAUAUGAAUGUAUACAUUUUGCCUGAUGGGCAAAAUAUUAACAUUACGAAAUUUAAUAAUAUAGCUUGUGAAAUAUUUUUUACUCCCUCAUUAUUAAGUAACACAAAAUUGGAUCAUCAUAGAAAUAAUUUAUUCUUAAAGGAAGAACAAUUUGAAGGAGUUUCCACCACUCUUUUUAAUAUGCUUAAUAGGGAUAACCUAAAGCAGAAGGAGGAGUUGUUACAGAAUGUUAUUUUGACUGGCUCCUCAACUUUGUUUGAUAAUUUUAACCAGAGAUUUAUUAAAGAAUUCAACCAACUGGAUAUUAUGAACAAUUCCAAUUUACGAAACUUCCAUGUGCUCAGCCAUGGGAAGUACGAUAAGCAGUAUUCUUCAUGGAAAGGGGGGAGUAUCCUGUCUUCCUUCAAAAAUUUCAACUCCUUUUUUGUUACUAGGAAGGAAUAUGAAGAAUUCGGGUUGGACAUCGUUAACCGGAAGUGCUAA